AUGAAACUUCUACCUAUACUUGUACUUUCACUGGCUGCAGUUGCAACUGCGGCCGUUAUAAAAAAUCCAGAAAAAGAAGUAGACCAACAUCCACCAAACCAACGGACAACGCUGGAUGAAGCACUCGCUCAGCUGCUGGAGAACAUCCGAGAGCUGCUUCGUACCGGUGAUCCGGAACGUGGCAUCCCAGUGAUGGCACCACUGCAAACCGAUCAGUUGGAUGUCGACUUGAGCUUCGGUGGUCUGCUGGACUUUACGGCAAUUCUGCGCAAUCUGUUCGUCGACGGGUUGGAUCGGUUCGAGGGCACGCUCACGCUCAACGUCAUGCAGAUGGAGUUCCGGUACGACUUUCUCUUCCCGGAUGUGAUAGCUCGCGGACACUACGACGCCAACGGCCGCCUGUUCGGAUUGAUUCCGGUGUUUGGUUUUGGCAACUUCCACGUCGCGCCGCGCAACCUACGCAUUCAAGGGACGGCCCUGCUGCGUCAGCUUCCAUCCGGUUAUCUGCACAUGCCCCAGCUUAACGCCAACGUUCGGCUCGCUUCCUUGCAGAAUAACAUCGAAGGUAUGCUGCUCGGCGGUGAGUUGUCCGACCUGCUGAACGAGGUGAUUCAGGAUCUGAUUCCGUCCGUGCUGGUCAACUUUGCGCCACAAGUGUCGGAAAUCAUCUCACGGGUGGGCAUUCCAAUAGCCGAUUCUAUCCUGAACACGAUGACGCUGGACGACUUGUUCGCACUGAUUCCAAUGAACCAAUAA